CUCAGGUACUCUCUGGGGGCUGUUUAAGGACUGGGUGUUGGAGAGUGUGGUGUGGUUUGAGUGCUAUGGGGUAGUAAUGGAUCAGGGUGGUUGCUCGGGUCCUUUUGGGGGUUGUUUUGACAGUAUAGGUAGAGUUUGAAUAUUGUGUGUUGGUAAAGGAUCAGGGUGGUUGCUCAGGUACUCUCUGGGGCUUGUUAGGGGACUGGGUGUUAAAGAGUGUAAAUGUGAGUGUUAUGGGGUGGUAAAGGAUCAGGGUGGUUGCUCAGGUACUCUCUGGGGGUUGUUUGAUUAUUAUUGGGUGGUAAUUGCUUUGUACUCUCUUUUUGAUCUUUCUGAAUCACUGUUAAUGUUGUAACUUUAUUAUCCAAUCACAGGGCCCAGAUUAACACAGAAUCAGAUGGAGUUCGCGUGUGAAUUUGUUUAUAUUUCUCCAGCGAAGCAGGUGAAGCGCUCAGCUCUUCUCCCUCCAGCAAAGGACUUUCCCAUUAAGAGCUCUACAGCCACGCCCCCUAAACCAAUCCCCGCCCCCAAACCACCCGUACCCACUAAACCCUCAAAACAAUGCUCACCAUCGCCCCCUGUCCCCACCACCCCUAAACCACACCUUUCAACCAGUCCCAGAAACCCCUCACACACACCUGUCUACGAGAACCUGUCGAGAACUCCGCCCACCCCACCAAACAACACAGUCACUUCUCCUCCACGGGUUUGGAAGGUGCAUCUUCCCCCGUCUGCUCCCUCCACCACUGCUAAGCCAAUCAGAAAACCUCAAACACCAUCAAACAGCAGUGAACCCAUCUACGAGCCGCCGCCCCCAGACCCCGAAUCACAGGCCUCUAAACCCCCCACCUCCCCCCGUAACUACAGGACCUCCCAGACACCAGCUGAAGCUCCGCCCCUUCCGCCACGCCCACCCUUCUUACCGAAAUGCCCGGAGUACGUAUUAGUGCGCCCUGUUUCCGGCCGGGACCACCUCCCCGCCAGCAGCGCUCCGGCUACUGAAGCAGGAGAGUCUGAGGGUCAGCUGCUGCCUGGAAACCCGAACGUGUUGCUGGUUAAUCUGGGGAAGCUGGUGAUGGAGGAGCCGGGUGAGCCUGUGCUGGGAGAACCGACGUCCUGUUUUGGAUGUGGAUCCGUGUUGGAGUCCAGCUACGAUAACAUGGUAAAAGAAUGUUAUUUCUGUCAGUCUUGGAGCCCCGCCCCUUCCUCUCCUAUAGACCCGCCCACUGGUUGUGAGGACUGCCUCUUCCAGUUGAGUCCUGGGAUCAGAGGCUCCUCAGCGGACAGUAACCUGCUCAUCUUCUGUAUCUCUACCUCACACUCCAUGAGUACCAGUGCUCAGGUUGUAAAACAGAAAAGUGCUACACACAGGUCCCGCCUCCACUGUGUACAGGAGGCUGUACUACAGUGUGUUCAGGUUUUGAGUGAAAAGCUUCCAGAGACUCGUGUUGGUCUUGUGACUUUCGGUGAAAAGGUAACGAUACACGGUUACGGUGAAGUCCCGCCCCGAGUUCUUCAGGGAGGAGAACUAUCUGAUAAAAACCUCCUUGAGGAGGCGGGGCUUAGCUUUCCAACUCCGCCCCCUCUGUCUGAGAGUCAAGCCAACCUUCAGAUGGAGAUUCAUAGGCUGGAGGAGUGCGGAGCGUCCGCCCUCGGACCUGCUGCCCUCGUCUCCAUAACGAUGGCCUCCAACCACCCUGGGUCAAAGGUGCUGGUGUGUACUGAUGGUGUUCCUGAUGCAGGAUUGGGUGGUUUGAAUCCGAGUCUUUUUCCCAAUCGUUCAAUCGUCUCCUCGUCAAUAUUCUACAGGGAUCUGUCAGAGACUGCAGCGGCGCACGGUGUGUCGGUAUCUGUGGUGUCUCUGGAGGGUUCAGUCUGUAGACUGGAUGAAUUGGGACGAGUUACAGACGGAACCGGAGGAAAGGUAGUAAUAUCUAGCUAUGAUGAUCUGGGGGAGGAGUUUAUGCGGCUGAUUGAUGACAGGAUCAUUGCUACGAGCUGCACCGUCACCCUGCUGUUCCCUAAAGUUCUGACGGUGAUAGGGGAGAGGCAAGCAGGGCAUUGUGGGAUACGGGAGGUUGGGAACAUCACAGAAGAAUCACAGAUCACCUUUCAGUACGGACAGGCAGCAGCAAACACCAUUCUGCAGCAGGGUAGGAGUGUUAGUGUUCAGUUGUUGGUGAGGUAUUGUCGUUGGGAUGGACUGAGCAUGCUCAGAGUUCUGACCACCAACCUCCAGACCACCGAUGACAGUUCUCAGGCUGUGUGUGGUCUGGAUCUGUCGGUGCUGAUGGUGAACGCUGGUCAGACGAGUGCAGCUUUGGCCCUCAGGGGCCGAUUCCGAGACGCCCACGCCGAGAGAGACGCUCAGAAACAGCUGAUCCACCGAGCGCUUGAGUACAGACAGAAUACUGAAGAUGAGCUGAUGUUCAGAGAGUGGAUCAGAACUUCUGACCCCAUCUACAACAACCUGGACAUAUACACACAGUCUCUCUCAGACGCCGACGCCGCUGUGAUGUACGCCAUGAAGAACGGCUACUACCACACCGAGUCCUACUGCUAACCGCACACCGGCCACUUUAUCAGAAACACCUUCUACCACUGUGGCCACUUUAUUAGAAACACUUUGCUGUAUAAUUAAGGUGUU